GGUUGAGCUUCCGAACAUGGAGAGUCUUUCAUCCUUAAAAGAGCUUAACAUAAGCAAUUGCAAUGCCUUGAGUAUACCUGACAACUAUUUGCAUGAAGAUCUUCCAAUUGCUCUAAGGAGUUUGUCCUCCUCGUUGAAAGAAAUAGAUUUAAUGGGAAGAUAUUAUCUUCAAAGUUCACCAUUAAGCCUUUGCCAUCAAUAUUCCAAUUUGGAGGAUCUCUACUUGGACGAUCUGCAGAAUCUUAGAUCACUUCCACAACUUCCUUCUAAUUUGGAGGUACUCUCUGCAAAGAAUUGCGUCUCAUUAGAAAAAAUAGAAAAUUUAUCAAACUUGAAAAGACUCUAUCGGCUAGAUAUUCAGAACUGUAAAAGUUUGGUUGAGCUUUCAGGCUUGGAGAGUCUUGAAUCCUUAGGUAGUCUUGGGAUAGCAAAUUGCAUUGGUUUGAGGAUUCCUUCAAUUGAAAAGUGGUUCAAGGCAUGUUCUAAAGGUGACUGUGUCGAAAUUGGGCUUAUUGUGUUCAAGGGGUAUGUAUGCUGCCGUUUUCCUAUACGUUUGGGGGAGUUAUCGUUUGAAAUCAUCACGCAAGGUGUGAUUGAUCCCUAUAAUGAAAUUGAUGAUUGCAAUGGAAUUCGUUUGAGUGCAAAAAUCAAAAGCAGUGGUAUUUGGAUUGUAAAGCAACCGAACUAUAUUAACUUCAACCGCGAAUUACUUUUUGCUAUUUAUGUGGUUCCCACAGUGAUGGGAGAAGUAUUGGAGGUGUAUGCAGAAUUCAAGUCUCAUUUGCAGAUGAUAUUUUUUCUAUUUGAAAUACAUAGAAACAGAGAAGGGGAAGUGCGUUUCUUUCCAUCCACAAGAGGAUGCAUUCCUUCCUAUAAGGAAGAUGGACAGAAGAAGAGGAAAAGGAAGGUGCAGAUAGGUAGAGGCGGCAGAAGUAUUGGGCAGAGGCCUUUUUUUCCAAUCACAAGGGGAUUGAUUCCUUCUGUUAUGACCCUGGGAGAUGAUGGACAAAGGAAGAGGAAGAAAAGGAAGGUGUAGAUAGGUAGAGGCGGCACAACUAUCCAGCAGAGGCGGUUAUAAUCUUCAGCUUUUAAUUUGCUGCAAAAGGAUUGUUAUUAUUGUAACUUGUAAGUAUAUCCGCCCUUCACACCUCUUUAACAUCUAUAUCUUUUGUUGUCUAUUGAAUGCCAUUUUAAUAUUUAUAAUUUAUUAAUGAAUUGACUGUAGUAUUUGAAUUAUCA